AUGGGGAUGGUGAAGUUAAAUGUGGAUGCUGCUUUUUGCAAUGUGAAUGGGAAUGCAGGGAUUGGGGGUAUCUACAGAGAUCAUGAAGGUACUUGCCUCGGUGGGUUUCGACACUCAGUUGCGGUCAUAAGUUCAGCUAGGCACACUGAACUCUUAGCUUUGAUCUUGGGGUUACAGUUGGCUAUUUCUCAUGGCUUUGUUCCCCUGGUUGUGGAGUCAGAUUGCCAAGUCUUGGUGCAAGUAGUGCCAAACCAAACCCUUGACUACUCUGACCUGGGUUUCUUACUUUAUGAUCUUCAGGAGCUCUUGCAGUCUGUAUCCUCUGCUCAGCUCAACUUCGUAAGGCGCCAGGCCAACUCGGUGGCGCAUAAGCUGGCUCAAGAGGCCAAGUUGGCCAUGUUUUCAUCAAAUUUUUUUUCUUGUACCUCCUCCAAGUAUGGUGGAGAACAUAAAUCGUGA